GGGCCUGUCUCCCCCCCGGUCCUUACUCUCGCCCGUGGCCCGCCUCUAGGCUGGCUCUUUGGCCCUUUGUGUUUCUCCUUCUCCCGGCUUUGGAGCUUCCCCCCUGUUUGUGUCUCUCCUAACUGGGGCUGCCUGGGCGGGGUGGGGCAGGCCUGCCCGGACCUCUGAGCCGUGGAGGUGACUCAUGACCCCGUGGAGCUUCCUGCGCUGGUGACAUUCUCGGUGACUAGACUGCAGUCUGGCCUCGGCUCUGACAGAAGUCAAUAUGAUUUUAAUUUGAAGCAAAACUGAGAAAUGGGCUACUCUUCCACAUGCAUACAUCCUGCUGUUUGAUGGCCAUGGCAUAAGGAGCUUUCUUUAUCCCAGGAACACAGCUUUGCGUUAGCACUGAAUAAGAUUUGUGAUGAAAUGGAGCCUGGAACAAACUCUUUUCGAGUAGAAUUUCCUGAUUUUUCCAGCACCAUUCUGCAAAAACUGAACCAGCAGCGCCAGCAAGGACAAUUAUGUGAUGUUUCCAUUGUUGUCCAGGGCCACAUUUUCCGGGCACACAAAGCUGUUCUUGCUGCCAGCUCACCCUACUUUUGUGACCAGGUACUCCUGAAGAACAGCAGGAGGAUUGUUUUGCCUGAUGUGAUGAACCCAAGAGUGUUUGAGAACAUUCUCCUCUCUAGUUACACAGGACGUCUGGUAAUGCCUGCUCCAGAAAUUGUUAGUUACUUAACAGCAGCAAGCUUCCUCCAGAUGUGGCACGUGGUAGACAAAUGCACUGAGGUUUUGGAGGGAAACCCUACAGUCCUUUGUCAGAAGCUAAAUCAUGGCAGUGACCACCAGUCUCCAAGCAGCAGUAGUUACAAUGGCCUGGUAGAAAGCUUUGAGCUGGGCUCUGGAGGCCAUGCUGACUUCCCCAAAGCCCAGGAACUGAGGGACGGAGAGAAUGAAGAGGAGAGCACCAAAGAUGAGCUGUCCUCUCAGCUCACUGAGCACGAAUACCUUCCCAGCAACUCCUCCACGGAGCACGACCGGCUGAGCACUGAAAUGGCGAGCCAGGACGGGGAGGAAGGGGCCAGCGACAGCGCUGAGUUCCACUACACCCGGCCCAUGUACAGCAAGCCCAGCAUAAUGGCGCACAAGCGCUGGGUCCAUGUGAAGCCCGAGCGCUUUGAACAGGCGUGCGAGGGCAUGGACGUCCACGCACCCUACGACGAGCACCAGGUCACCGAGUCUGUCAACACCAUGCAGACAGAGCACACGGUGCAGCCCUCGGGAGUGGAAGAAGACUUCCACAUUGGGGAAAAAAAAGUGGAAGCAGAGUUUGAUGAACAGGCUGACGAAAGCAAUUAUGAUGAGCAGGUAGAUUUCUAUGGCUCUUCCAUGGAGGAGUUUUCUGGAGAGAGGUCAGAUGGGAAUUUAAUUGGGCACAGACAGGAAGCGGCCCUAGCAGCUGGCUAUAGUGAGAAUAUUGAAAUGGUAACAGGGAUUAAAGAAGAAACUUCCCACUUAGGAUUCUCGGCCACCGACAAGCUGUAUCCUUGUCAGUGUGGGAAAAGUUUCACUCACAAGAGUCAGAGAGAUCGACACAUGAGCAUGCACCUCGGUCUUCGGCCUUACGGCUGUGGUGUCUGUGGUAAGAAAUUCAAAAUGAAGCAUCAUCUCGUGGGCCACAUGAAAAUUCACACGGGCAUAAAGCCCUAUGAGUGUAAUAUCUGCGCAAAGAGAUUUAUGUGGAGGGACAGUUUCCACAGGCAUGUGACUUCUUGUACCAAGUCCUACGAAGCUGCAAAGGCUGAGCAGAAUACGACUGAGGCUAACUAAAAAUAGGAUCUGGCCCUUGAGUGGCAGGCACAAAAAUAAACUAUGGUAAUUAUGCAAAUCUGGGCACAGAUGAUGCGUGCUACUUGCUAUUAUAAGAGAAGCUU